GCUGGAAGCUGUUCACUCCUCCGUGAGCAGUGCACAGUACGCGAUGAGACUCCGGAGCUCCGCGCUACGAAUAUACACACCGAGCUGAGAGAGAAGGAAACACACUCCGAGCUCACAGAGGAGAGAAAGAGACAGAUCGCGGAGGAGGAGUGUUUUUCUUUUUAUCUGGAGGACGCGACAAACCGUAUUUUGCACGCAGAAGAGCUCAAUUCUUCUUAAAUAUUUAUUAUUAUUAUUUUCUUUACUUCCUAUGUGCGUUUGCGCGCGCGAGAAAAGUGUGUGACGUUGAUGAGAUGAGGAGAAAGACAUAUGCAAGUGGAACAUCAUCAUCGUCACCAUCAUCAUCAUCACACACGCACCGCGGCUGCUGAAGACGCCGGAUCGCGCUCGGGGUUUCCUCUGCUGCGCCGUGACCGAGAGUGUGUGUGUGUGUGUGUGAGAGAGAGAGUGUGUGUUUGAUAACGAGGUGCACAGCUUCAGCACCGGAUCUACACACAGCUCACAGCAAGAGAAGAGUGGAUCUUGGCUUGUGUUUUUUUCUUUUCGGGAAUCUUUCAUUCUGAAUUUCGGAUAAUUGACCGCGCAGGAGUGUGAUUUCAGACACACACACACACACACUCGGAAGCAGACACGGCGGGCAGACGGAGACGUACUGAGUGUGUGGAGUUCACAUCAACCCGGACCAGAUUAAUGAUGCCCCACAGUGUGAUGAACUCAGUUAUGUUGUCUUGGACGUCCGUCUUCCUCGCCCUGUUGUUCUCGGUCACUCCGUCUCUCAGCUCCAUCAUGUACCACCUGCGGGAGGAGCAGCCCCCCAACACGCUUGUGGGCAGUUUAGCCUCAGAUCAGGGACUUCCUGAUUCCGGUCACCUGUACAAGCUAGAGGUGGGCACGCCAUACUUGCGGGUGGACGGGAAGACGGGCGAUAUUUUCACCACAGAGGUUCCCAUUGACCGUGAGACACUGAAAGACUGUCGCAACCUGUUUGAGGGCGACCCGUGCUUCCUGGAGUUUGAGGUGUCCAUCACGGAUCUGAUGAAAGGUUCUGGUCCGCGGCUCAUCGAAGGCCGAAUUGAGAUCCAAGAUGAGAAUGAUAACACUCCACAGUUUUCGUCACCUAUCCUGUCCAUAUCCAUUCCCGAAAACACCCACGUGGGGGCGCUGUUCCCCAUCCCCGUCGCCACCGAUAAGGACACGGGCAGUAACGGGAUCGCAGAAUACUCGCUAACAACGGGCUCCGAUGCGGCGUCUCUGUUCAGCCUGCAGGUGGCGGAAAACGCGGAUGAGAAAGUGCCUCAGCUGAUCGUGAUGGGGACUCUGGAUCGUGAACAGCGCGACUCGUACGAUCUGAACAUUAAAGUGGUGGACGGUGGAAAUCCUCCACGCUACAGCAGCGCCCUCCUGAGGAUCACCAUCACCGAUACCAACGAUAACGUGCCCAAAUUCGAGCGCACACAUUAUGAAGGAGAACUUGCAGAAAACAGUCCUGUGGGUCACUCCGUCCUGCAGGUGAAGGCCAAUGAUGCUGAUGUGGGAGAUAACGGCAUGCUCACAUACACUAUCCAUCAGCCACAACCCCAGGUGCAGCGCCUCCUCAGCAUCGACCGAAACACCGGCAUCAUCUACGUCAAAGGUCCAGUGGACCGCGAGGAAGUGAAUCUGCUCAAAUUUUACGUGCAAGCCAAAGACAACGGCCCACAACCCAAGAGCUCCAGAGUCUUGGUGACCGUCACAGUGAAGGACAAGAACGACAACGCACCGUCCAUCUGGAUCCGUGGAUUUGCUCUGGUGGCUCAUGAGGAUGGGAUUGCUAACAUUUCUGAGGACAUGCCUGUGGGAACUCCAGUGGCUCUGGUGGAAGUGACGGAUCGAGACGAGGGUGAAAAUGCAGUGGUGACUUGUGUGGUGGCGGGAGAUGUACCUUUUCAGCUUCGUUCAGCUUCAGACACGGGAAGCCGGAGGAAGUAUUUCCUGCAAACUACAACACCGCUGGAUUACGAACGGGUCAAAGAAUACAGGAUCGAGAUUGUAGCUGUUGAUUCAGGAAACCCAGCCCUUUCCAGCACCAACUCACUAAAGGUCCAAGUAACAGAUGUGAAUGAUAAUGCACCAGUUUUUUCUCCCUCUAUGUAUGAGGUGGACUUUCAAGAGGAGAAUCAGCCACGAGAUAAAGUUUUAGAUGUAUUGGCCACCGAUGCGGACAGCGGCACCAAUGCUGAGCUCACGUACAAUAUUAUCUUAGACUCGGCCAUCAAGGGGCUUUUCGAGAUCAACCGUAAUACAGGAGAGAUCAGAGUGAUGGACCAGUUAGACCGUGAAUACAGAGAACGCUACGAGUUUCAUGUUGAAGCCUCUGAUAAGGGGGUUCCCAGCAUGAGGGGAACCGCGACGGUGGUGGUUAACAUCCUUGACCGCAAUGACAAUGAUCCCAAGUUCAUGCUAAGUGGCUACACUUUCUCUGUCCUGGAAAACAUGCCUGCACUCAGUCCAGUGGGAAUGGUGACGGUCAUGGAUGUGGACAAAGGUGAAAAUGCUCAGGUUCAUUUAUCGGUAGAACCAGACAAUGGCAAAUUUGUGAUUCAGAACGGCACGUGUACUAUCCUCUCGAGAAUUUCCUUUGAUCGAGAAAAGGAAAGCACUUACACAUUCCGUCUAAAAGCUGUAGAUGGAGGUGAUCCUCCUCGUUCUUCUUAUGUGGGAAUUACAAUAAACGUCUUGGAUGAAAAUGAUAAUGCCCCUUACAUCACCAAACCUUCUAACUCCUCCUACAAGUUCCUUCCACCACUGACAAGCCCAGAUACACGUGUGGAGAAAGUGGAAGCAGAGGACAUUGACACGGGAUCAAAUGCUGAGUUAGAAUACACUAUCAUGGGUGGAAACCCUCAUGGACUUUUUCGCAUUUCUCCAACAAAUGGUGAAAUAACACUUGUCAAAGAAUUCACCCGGAAGCAUAAUGGCCUCCACCGCCUGGUCGUGAAAGUCAGUGACAAGGGAAAACCUGCCAAGCACACCAUCUCGCUGGUCCACAUCUUUGUAAAUGAGACGAUCGGAAACAUCACACUGGUGGAGUCACUAGUAGGCCACAGCCUCUACACUCCUCUGGAAAGGGACAUCGCUGGCGACCCGGAAUACGCCCGCGUCCAGCAGAGCAACAUUGUGUAUGGAAGCCUUGCAGGCAUCGCUGGGGUCAUCCUGGUCAUUGUGGUGGUGGUCGUUAUCCAGCACCGUCUGCAGAAGGGAGCCAAGAGCGGAUACCAAGCAGGAAAGAAAGAAUCCAAAGAUCUUUACACACCCAAGCAAGGAACCAAAAGCAGCAAGGGCAAAAAGAGCAAAAAGGGCAAGUCUCCAAAACCAGCAAAGACUUUGGAGGAGGAAGAGGAGGCAAGUCUCCAGAAAGGCUUAAAAUUCAACCUGAUGAAUGACAAUGAUAGUCCCAGGAUUCAUCUGCCACUCAAUUACCCUCCCGGAAGCCCCGAUUUGGGGAGACACUACCGAUCAAACUCCCCUUUGCCCUCCAUUCAGUUGCAGCCACAGUCCCCUUCAGCUUCCAAAAAGCACCAGGCCGUUCAGGAUCUUCCGGCCGCGAACACCUUCGUAGGGACCGGAGACAGCAACUCGACCGGUUCCGAUCAGUAUUCGGAUUACAGCUACAAGACCAACCCUCAGAAAUACAGCACCAAACAGCUGCCGCACCGCCGUGUGACCUUCUCAACAGCUAAUCAGGCGCAGGAUCUGCAGGACUCCUCCCAGCACAGUUAUUAUGAUAGCGGAUUGGACGAAUCAGAAACGCCGAGCAGUAAAAGCUCUUCAGGACCGAGGAUCGGACCCCUGGCGCUGCCUGAGGAUCACUAUGAGAGGACGACUCCAGACGGCAGCAUCGGAGAGAUCGAACAUCCUGAGAAUGAUCUGCGCUCGCUUCCCGACGUGGCGAUGACGGGAAACUGUACUCGUGAGUGCAGCGAGUUCGGACACUCGGAUUCUUGCUGGAUGCCAUCACCGAACCGCAACAACAAAAUCUCCAAGAGUGCUUCGAAACUCUCCACCUUCGUGCCUUACCAAGAUCGGGAGGCUCAGGAGACUCUGAUGGCCAAUGGAAGCCCCAAGCCCAUGGGGGAGGAACUUGGGGGUGGGGCCACCAACAAAAUGCCCAGCAUUCGCUUCAUGGCCCCGUACACUAGUGCCUACUCCGCAGGUGGCGAGGGGACGAAAGAGUGUGCCAUGGAAGAAAUCCCUCUGAGUCAAACAGCAGCAACUACGCCGUCCAGCCAGGGGUCCAAGAGAGAGAUCUACCUGUGAAGAGUGAAGAUAGAUUGAGCGAGGGGUCGUUUAGGGGUCAUCAGGGUCAUCACCAUCAACCCAAAUGCACACAGGAUUUACAGCAAGACCAAAACACUGGAACUGGUCAAUCAGUAACUUGUCAGCUAAUGAGAUCAGUCAGGUUUCAAAUCUCUGGGGUCCUGAAGAGUAAAAGGUCCUCGUGAAGGUCAUCAGGGUUGUUCAGGUCAUUAGGCUCGUUAGAAUUCCUUCCCUUCACUUGAGUGUGCUUGAGAUUGAGACUAAGUCAAAAUAUAAAGCUGAAUGUGGAGAUUUAGUUUUGGAUAAUUUUAGGGAUUCUACCAUGUGAAUUUGGACAAAUGGAGUUGUAAUAAAUUCUGUUAGUCCUGACACCUCCCCUUUCCCAAGCCACACCCUUAAGCAACUAACCAGUCCUUCACUUUGACCUUAACCGUGACCUGAACACACUCUCUGUGUCAGAAGAUCCACUACCACCACCAUGCUUCUCCUGUUCUCUCGCUUCAUUUCCUGUCCUUGAAUCCAUUUUGUACUGAAGCAGUUUCGGAAGUCGACUUUGGGAAUAUCGGAGGAUGGAUUUUACACACUUUUAACUCUGAUUCAGAAUGUAAACAUUUUUAAUCCAAUUUUUGUGAUAAUUUAAUGUAUGCUGUAUAGGAACGGUUAAACAUGAGUUUAGGUUAAAUUACUGAAGUGUAAGUGCACAGUGUCCCUAAAUCAACUACAUCCAGGGCACUUCAUCUGUCCACUUAAGCCAGCUUGCUGAAGGACACACACUGAACACACACACUGCGUUUCUUACAAAGAAAACCUCUGAGAUGGAGAGAAACUCUCCCUCCUGGUGUACAGUGCUGUAAAUAUGCUCUGACCAUGUGUGUGUGUUUGUGUGUGUGUAUGUGUGUAUGUAUGAAGUUUGGAGAACGAUGGAUCUUCACCAGAAACGAUGUAAUUGGGAUAAAACCAAAUGCCUGGGGUUGACAGCGAAUGGAAAGCAGCAGGUCGGUGUAAUGCGAUUAGUCAGGACUGAAACAUUGCCACGGCAUCCUUCAGGAUCUAGAGUCGGGGUCGCCAUGGACACCAGGUGGCUCCCAAACACACUUUCCACCACAAACUGUCUCUCUGUGUAAAAAUACACACGAGUGUGAGAAUGCCAGAGCUGUCUGAGAACAUGUUACAUUUGUGUGUGUGUGUGUGUGUGUGUGUGUAUCUGAGAUCAAAAGACUAAGAGACUCCACAAACAAAGCAAUGAGAUGAGAGCAAUGAUGUGUACAGGUCAGGACAGCGAUGUGUGCUGUAUGUGAGUUAUAACAGGAAUAAACCAUAUACUGGGUCUUCACACACACACGCACACAUGCUCUCACACACACACACACACACACAUGCUCUCACACGCACACAUGCUCUCACACGCACACAUGCUCUCACACACACACGCACACAUGCUCUCACACACACACACACACACACAUGCUCUCACACGCACACAUGCUCUCACACGCACACAUGCUCUCACACACACACACACACACAUGCUCUCACACACACACACACACACAUGCUCUCACACACACACACAUGCUCUCACACACACACACACACACAUGCUCUCACACACACACACACACACAUGCUCUCACACACACACACACACACAUGCUCUCACACACACACACACACACAUGCUCUCACACACACACACACACACAUGCUCUCACACACACACACACACAUGCUCUCACACACACACACACACACACAUGCUCUCACACGCACACACGCACACAUGCUCUCACACGCACACAUGCUCUCACACACACACACACACACACAUGCUCUCACACGCACACACGCACACAUGCUCUCACACGCACACAUGCUCUCACACACACACACGCACACAUGCUCUCACACACACACACACACACAUGCUCUCACACACACACACACACAUGCUCUCACACACACACACACACACAUGCUCUCACACGCACACACGCACACAUGCUCUCACACACACACACACACAUGCUCUCACACACACACACACACAUGCUCUCACACACACACACACACACACAUGCUCUCACACACACACACACAUGCUCUCACACGCACACACGCACACAUGCUCUCACACACACACAUGCACACAUGCUCUCACACACACACGCACACAUGCUCUCACACACACACACACGCACACAUGCUCUCACACACACACACACGCACACAUGCUCUCACACGCACACACGCACACAUGCUCUCACACGCACACAUGCUCUCACACACGCACACAUGCUCUCACACGCACACACGCACACAUGCUCUCACACGCACACACGCACACAUGCUCUCACACACACACACGCACACAUGCUCUCACACGCACACAUGCUCUCACACACACACACGCUCUCACAUACACACACACACACAUGCUCUCACACACACACAUGCUCUCACACACACACACACACACACAUGCUCUCACACACACACACACACACAUGCUCUCACACACACACACGCACACAUGCUCUCACACGCACACAUGCUCUCACACGCACACACGCACACAUGCUCUCACACACACACACGCACACAUGCUCUCACACGCACACAUGCUCUCACACACACACAUGCUCUCACACACACACACACGCACACAUGCUCUCACACACACACACACACACACACACACACACACACAUGCACUUGUUCCCUACUCACUAUACACACCACACACAAUGACUAUACACACUCUUCAUACACAUCAGAGUGUGUGUGUGAGAUACAAACACUUCCUGACAGCUAUACACUUUCCUGCUCUUGCUGGAGUGCCCGCAGUUUUUUAUCCCCAGGGAGACACACACACAAACACACAAACAUACACACACAAAAAUCAAUACGUCACUCACAUAUUGUCUUUCAAGUGAAGCUGCUGUCACUUUCAUCAAGAUUGUUGUUUUGUGUUGCAUGUGUAUGUGUGGGUGAGUGUGUGUGUGUGUGUGUACCAUUUUGAAAGUCAUGCUGUAACCCUUAGAUGAUGAUGAGAAUAAGACACAAUGCCACACACAAUGCCACACACACACACACACACACACACACAGUCCUCUGUGCGCCACACUGUUAUACACUCAGGAGUUUAUUACAGAUUCCACUUCUAUUGCGCUAAUCUGAAGCAUGAUUAACAAAAAACUGGAGUAUGUGAAUGUUGAUUAUCACAAUGGGUUCUAAAGGUUCUGACAUCGGGUUCUAAAAGUUCUGACAUCAGGUUCUAAAGGUUCUGUAGCUCUCAUUUCCCUGCAGCUCUCAAGUCCCUCAUCACACUCCGAGUGAAUUAAAUCUGCAGAAGGAAGAGGAAGUAAUGUAGUUCAUGUGGUUUCAUUUAUUGUGUUGUUUUGUCCUUCUGUUCACGCUGCACUGUUUUACAGCUUCAUCUUUUUCUUACUUACACUUUUUAAAUUAUUUUGAUCAUUUAUUAUUUUGAAUCUUGAAUCUUGUUUAGAUAAGUUUAAAUCUCACUGAGAUUACAUCAGAAUUAUAAAACUGUAAAUGAGCUUUUCUAUUUUUACCUGAAAUUAUUAUGUUUUUUGUGUUUUUAUUACAGUGUCAUCAGUUUGUUAAAGAGUUUAUUAAACACGUCCUGUCCUGUAUCUCCACCUCACACACUACAGACACAGCUAACAGGGUAACACACACACACACACACACACACACACAACACUGCACAAAGUUUGUUUUACUGUCUCACUCUCACUGCUGUCUCACCGUCACUGUGUCUCACAGCAUUCUUCAGUUUGCUGCAGUGUAACAUCUCACACACACACACACACACAGACACACACACACACACACACAAACACACACACACACACACACACACAGACACACACACACACACACACACACACACACACACACACACACACACACACACACACACACACACACACACACACACACACACACACACACACACACACACACACAGACACACACACACA